ACUGUCUCCCACUCCUGAGAGAGAAACUCAGUGCGUUCUCCUCUCUCCGGCAGUUUCAACACUUAAUUACAUUUAUUUCAGAAUUACUAGGCAACCCACCUCCAGAUGUGUAGUUUAAAGGUGAUGUGCGUGCGCCCGGAUCUUCAUAUUCUGCACUGCACAUCAUGUGAUAUUGGAUAAGGUGGAGUUCAGCUUUAAGGGGGACGCCUCUUUCCCAAUCUCCUAGAUCAGUGGUGGGCAAAUGCCAACAGAUCUGCCCUCUUUUGCCUCGCUCCCCUUCAGCGACCUGCCCUUCUGCUUCAGACUCUGCUAUGAUUUCAAGAACUGGAUCAAAGCAGUAUCCCGAUGGUGCAAGCCUAUCAAUAGCAUGAACAUUUCUGCGGCAGCUUUUGCUAGGAGCCUGUUAUUUGGAUAAUGAGAAAAAUCUGACCUCUUGAAUGUGUUCUUGAGAAAUCCACUGUUGUUUCAGAUUACAGCUUGGCCCGUGAGCAGGAGCAACCCAUCAUGAAUAAAUCACUUCUCUCCUUGACUGGAAACUAUUCUAUUCAGAAUGUCUCAGAAGAGACUUCCAGACUCUCGCGCUUUGAGGAUGAAGACUGUCAUGUGCCAUUGGCAAUGGUGUUCACCUUGGCCCUGGCUUAUGGGGCUGUUAUCCUUCUCGGCAUUUCUGGAAACCUGGCCUUGAUCAUCAUCAUCUUAAAACAGAAGGAGAUGCGCAAUGUUACCAACAUCCUCAUAGUCAACCUAUCCUUUUCAGACCUUCUCAUUACCAUCAUGUGUCUUCCCUUCACAUUUGUAUAUACUUUAAUGGACCACUGGGUUUUUGGGGAGGCCAUGUGCAAGUUGAAUCCUUUUGUGCAGUGCGUCUCCAUCACAGUCUCUGUUUUCUCUUUGGUCCUCAUUGCUGUUGAGCGCCAUCAACUGAUUAUCAACCCCCGUGGCUGGAGACCAAACAACAGACACGCCUACAUAGGAAUUGCUGCCAUCUGGAUUCUUGCACUGGCCUCAUCUUUGCCUUUCUUAGUAUAUCACGUACUCACUGAUGAACUGUUCAAAAAUAUAACCAUAGAGGAAUACAAGGGCAAAUAUGUGUGCUUGGAUUCAUUCCCUUCAGAGACUAUCAGGUUGUCAUAUACCACAGCUCUCUUGAUCAUACAAUACUUAGGACCUCUUUGUUUUAUAUUUAUUUGCUACUUAAAGAUAUACAUACGCCUAAAAAGAAGGAGCAACAUGAUGGACAAGAUGCGAGAUAAUAAAUACCGAUCCACCGAAACGAAAAGGAUCAACAUCAUGCUUAUGUCUAUUGUGGUUGCAUUUGCAGUUUGCUGGCUGCCUCUGACCAUCUUUAAUACAGUCUUUGACUGGAAUCACGAAAUUCUACCAGGUGCAACUUGCAGCCAUAACUUGUUGUUUUUAAUCUGCCACCUCACAGCAAUGAUCUCAACCUGUGUGAACCCCAUUUUUUAUGGGUUCCUCAACAAAAACUUCCAAAGGGACUUGCAGAUUUUGUUUCGCUUCUGUGAUUUUAAUGUAAGGGAUGAUGAUUAUGAGACAAUAGCUAUGUCCACAAUGCAUACAGACAUUUCCAAAACCUCGCUGAAACAAUCCAGCCCCAUCGCCUUUAAGAAAAUCAGUGACAAUGAUGAUGAAAAAAUAUAAUUGAACUGUGACUGAGUUCAAAGGACAAGCACAAUCUUAUAAAGAAAUGGAUCUCUUUCUCUCUUUCCCCAUAAGGAAGUAUGAA